GCCAUAUUUGUCUGCCCGGCCGGCGGCAAAAAAGAUCAUUUCGAUAGCUAGCUUCCUGAUCGAGCGAGCUAGCGAGCCCCAUGCAUGCAACUUCUUCGCAGCCUCCCUCCACCCCGGCCCCUGCCGAUCAGCUCCUCCAUCCCAGAGCUUUGUAGGUGACUUACUCGCCUGGUGAUUAGCAGGCAGGAAGUAGCUGGUUUUUAACCCGGCGCACCGCCCACCUACUCGCCAUCUCCUCCGGUUCUACACCGCAGCAACAUCGAUCGUUUACCCUCUGUACGUACCUAGCCCGUACCUGACGACGGUGACCUCCCUCCUUGGCGCCAUGGGGAGCUCGUGCGUGAACCUCUCCCGCGCCGUCGCCGCCGCGAGGCGCCCGGGCUUCGCCGGCGGCGUCGGCGGCCACGGGAGGAGCGUGGUUGCAUUGUCGUCGUCGUCGUCGUCGAGGAGGCGCACUGCCGCCGACGGCGGCUUGUCGUGCGGCAUCGCCAACGGGUACCUGGGCGGCUCGUCGGGUGGGUCACGGCCGCCUUCCUUGCCGGUGCACGGCAAGAGCUCCGGGCCCGGUUCGGCGCGGGAGGCGGGUGGUCACGAUCACGCUGACGGGCUCGGGAUCCAGGAGUUCCUUGGCGGCAAGAACUUCCUCAUCACCGGCGGGACUGGCUUCCUAGCAAAAGUUCUGAUCGAGAAAAUCUUGAGGACGAACCCUGACGUGGGCAAGAUAUACGUGCUGAUCAAGGCCAAGGACAGCGAGACGGCAUUGCAGAGACUGCAAAAUGAGGUGGUGGACACGGAGCUGUUCAAGCGCCUGCAGGAGAUCCACGGCAAAGACUACCAAGGUUUCAUAGCGACAAAGCUUGUCCCCGUAGUUGGCGACGUCAGGGAGACCAACAUCGGCAUUGCCCCCGAGCUGGCCGAUGAGAUCGCGGAGCGGGUGGACAUCAUCGUCAACUCCGCCGCCAAUACCACCUUCGACGAGAGGUAUGAUGUCGCCAUGGACAUCAACACCGUGGGGCCGUUCCGGAUAAUGAGUUUCGCGCAUCGGUUUCGAAGGCUGAAGCUCUUCCUGCAAGUGUCCACAGCGUAUGUGAACGGGCAGAGGCAGGGUGUCGUGCUGGAGAAGCCGUUUCGGUUGGGAGACACCAUUGGAAAAGGGUCAGCUGGAUCCUCGGAUUCUUCGGAGCAGCACAAGAACGCCGUGCUGGACAUCGAGGCGGAGAUCAAGCUGGCCUUCGAUUCGAGUAGGCGCGCCGAUGAUGACUCGGCUUCGUUCUCUCAAGAGAUGAAGGAUCUAGGGCUAGAGAGAGCGAAGCUCCAUGGGUGGCAGGACACCUACGUGUUCACCAAGGCCAUGGGGGAGAUGGUGAUCAACAGCAUGCGAGGGGAGAUCCCCGUGGUCACCAUCAGGCCCAGCGUGAUCGAGAGCACCUGGAGAGACCCCUUCCCGGGCUGGAUGGAAGGGAACAGGAUGAUGGACCCUGUUGUCCUCUACUACGGCAAAGGCCAGCUGAGUGGAUUCCUCGCCGAUCCGGCCGGCGUUCUAGACGUGGUUCCGGCGGACAUGGUGGUGAACGCGACGCUGGCGACGAUGGCGAAGCACGGCCGGGCGGCGGAGGGGGGAAUGCACGUGUACCACGUGGCGUCGUCGACGGUGAACCCGCUGGUGUUCGGCGACCUGAGCCGGUUCCUGUUCCAGCACUUCACGAGGAGCCCCUACAGCGACGCGGCGGGGCAGCCCAUCGCCGUGCCGCCCAUGCGCCUCUUCGACACCAUGGAGCAGUUCGCCAGCUACGUCGAGACGGACGCGCUGCUCCGGAGCGCCAGGGCCGGCAUCCCCGCCGACGAGCGCCUCUCGCAGCGCCUCCAGGAGCUCUGCGCCAAGUCCGUCGAGCAGACCAUCCACCUCGGCAGCAUCUACCAGCCCUACACUUUCUACACCGGCAGGUCAUCUUUCUCUCUCCCACCCAUGGCAUGUCAUUUAUAUGUUUUGUUUGCUCAAAGCUGCUACCACGCGUCGCCGGCGAUGGACGGUGUAUGCAGGUUCGACAAUGGCAACACGGAGGGGCUCAUGGCGGAGAUGUCGGCAGAGGAAAAGGCGGCAUUCCACUUCAACGUGAGGAGCAUCGACUGGACAGACUACAUCACCAACGUCCACAUCCCAGGGCUCAGGAAGCACGUCAUGAAAGGGAGGGGCAUCGCCACGGAAACGCCACCCUCCUCCACAGUGCUCGCCGCCACCUCCACAGUGUGAACCCACCGCCGUAAAACCGAACACCAAAAUGCGCCGCGGCGUGUACACUAGUGUUAGAUUGUAUCAAGUGCCUAAGCACAUGAUCCACUUAAGAAACACCGUUUGGUUCUGUGUUAGCAGCAACUUAACUAAGGUUUAUGACAUUCUGUCAGAUUGAUUCUGCAUUAUAGACCUGUUUGUCCUAAACAACAGAAAAUACUUCUUCACCUCUGCAUGCAAUUUCUUAUAGUGUAUUUGUGGGAAAACAAAGCUUUGGAAAUACUGAAAUAUGAUUUAAUUAA